UCUCUCUGGAAGCAGCAGAUCUCGCCCGUUUGCGCCGAUGCAGCAAAUACACUACUGUAACAUCGCUGACAGAAGAACGAGCGCCCAUUGGCCGAAUAGCCGUGACUCUGCCCUUCUUGACCUCGGCAUUGCGCCCAUUCCCCAGGAUCCCGCCAGCCCAUGCGGUCUCCGUCUUUAGGUCCGCGUGCAUCGUUGAACUAACAAAACCGACCUCGUUCUCCACCUUCUCCUCCUCUCUCUCACACAAUCCAAACUCACAAGUUCUCCCUCCUCUCCAUCCUCUCUUCCAAUCUCUCACACAUCCUGCAAAAUGACACCCAGAGUUAUUGUUGUUGGUGGUGGCUGUAAGCGCUUCAACCUCGAUGACCCCACUCAAUGGAUUCCUAACGUUUGAAUAAACAGUGUCCGGCCUCAGUGCUGCGCAUACCAUCUACCUGGCUGGUGGCAACGUGGUGGUUCUGGAUAAGCAAGGUUUCUUCGGCGGAAACUCUACAAAGGCCACUUCUGGCAUCAACGGAGCCCUGACUCGGACACAAGUCGACUCGAAGAUCCAAGACAGCGUCAAGCAAUUCUACGAUGAUACCCUCAAAUCCGCAAGAGACAAGGCCAGGCCAGAUCUGAUCAAGGUCUUGACAUACAAGUCCGCGGCGGCUGUUGAGUGGCUUCAGGAUGUGUUCAAUCUAGAUUUGACCCUCGUGUCGCGGCUAGGAGGUCACUCCCAGCCAAGAACACACAGAGGGCACGAUGCGAAAUUCCCUGGUAUGGCCAUCACAUAUGCGUUGAUGCAAAGACUCGAGGAGCUCGCAGAACAGGAACCUGAGCGUGUACAAAUCAUCAAGAAGGCCCGCGUUACCGGACUGAACAAGGACGGAAACAAGAUCACUGGUGUCUCAUAUGAGUUCGGUGGCGAGACGGACACUAUUGAUGGCCCAGUCGUUUUGGCAACUGGUGGAUACGCAGCCGAUUUCACAGAGACCUCUCUUCUCAAGAAGUGGAGGCCAGAUACCUUUGACCUUGCAUCUACCAACGGCGUUCACGCGACCGGUGAUGGACAGAAGAUGGUCAUGGCUAUUGGAGGUAACGGAAUUGAUAUGGACAAGGUCCAGGUACAUCCUACCGGUCUUGUUGAUCCAAAAGAUCCCGGAUCCAAGUGGAAGUUUUUGGCCGCUGAGGCUCUCCGUGGUGAGGGUGGUCUUCUCUUGAAUGGAGAUGGCAACCGUUUCUGCGACGAACUUGGUCACCGUGAUUACGUUUCCGGUGAGAUGUGGAAGGAGAAGGACAAGGGAAAAUUCCCCGUCCGCUUAAUUCUGAACUCAAAAGCCUCAAAUGUUCUCGACUUCCACACUCGCCACUACUCCGGCCGUGGUCUGAUGAAGAAGAUGACUGGCAAGGAGCUCGCAAAGGAGAUUGGCUGCACACCAGAGCACCUCCAAUCCACAUUCAGCGCAUAUAACGACAUUGCCGCAGGCAAGAAGAAGGAUCCAUACGGCAAGAAGUUCUUCCACAAUGGCCCAGUAAACGUUGAUGAUGACUUCCACGUUGCCGUCAUGGAGCCUGUCCUCCAUUUCACCAUGGGUGGUAUCGAGAUCAACGACAAGGCCGAGAUUCUCAACUCAGAAGGCAAGCCAUUCGAGGGUCUUUACGGAUGCGGCGAGGUAGCAGGAGGUGUCCACGGAGCCAACCGUCUCGGAGGCUCUUCUCUCCUCGGCUGCGUUGUUUACGGACGUGUUGCAGGCGACACUGCCAGCAACUACCUCUUCCAGAACGCCCUUAAGGGCAGCGCAGGUGCAUCAUCACGUCUCGGCCAAAUCUCCCUUCACAUCGACCCUUCGCAGCCAGGCAAGAUCUCCGUAGAGUGGGACAGCCAGGGUUCCAGCUCCGGAACGGGCUCCAAGCAAGCACAGCAGUCACAGUCUUCAGCCGGUCCUGUCAUGAGCAAGAAUGGCGACUCUUCCGACCCAGGAAAGGUCAGCAAGCCUAGCAAGCCCUCCGAGUUCAAGAUUCCCGAGAAGGAGUUUUCAAUGGAGGAAGUUGCUAAGCACAACAAGAAGGAGGAUCUCUGGGUUGUGGUCAAGGGCGUCGUGAUGGAUUUGUCUGAUUGGCUUGAUGAGCACCCAGGUGGACCACAGGCUAUCAUGAACUUCAUGGGUCGUGAUGCGACCGAGGAGUUUGAGAUGUUGCACGAUGAUGAGGUUAUUAGAAAGUACGCGCCUUCGCAGGUCAUUGGACGUGUGAAGGGCCAGAAGAUUACGCUGGAGGCAUAG